AUGAAUAAAUUCGUUCUUGAAUUUUAUAAUUGUUUAUGCAACGAACAUAAUGAUAAUUAUUUUUCUGUUUCUAAACCUAAUUAUAUUCAUAUUGAAAUGGAAUUGAUUGAAGAAGAUUUUAAUGUAUUUCAAAAUGGUGUUAAGAAAAAUUCUUUUGAUAAAGAAAACUUUCAAAAUGCACUCUAUCAUUGUUUCUCUUAUUCAGGUAAUGAAAUCGAUUGUAAACUAUUUAUUAAUCUUUAUAUUAAAUUUGGUAUAAUCACUAUGGAACUUGUUAAUAUGUUAGAAUCCUCGAAAAUUUCUUAUGAUACUCAUAUGUGGAACUAUUUUGAUAAUAUUAAACGAAUAUCAGAUCAAGAUGUUAUUAAUAAAUUAUAUCAAAUUUUAGAUUUUAUGUUAAUUAAUAUAGAAUUUGCUCGUUUUUCAUUUAUAGUAAGAUUACUUGUUCAACUUGCACAAGUUCAUGUUAUAUCUUUAUUUGAAGUACAUCAACAUAUUUCAAAUGUUAUUGAAAACUUAUCAUCUGAUCAUGAUUAUAUAGAUAAACUUGAUAAAAAUUUUAUUUUUCAAUAUUUACUUAAUCUUACGAGGGAACCCCACCAACUGAUUAAAAGCUUUAAGGCUCAUAUUUACUCCAUAAGUAGUGCUUAG